GCCCGGUCGCCAUUUCUAGCGGCUGCAGGUUCUCACGAGUUGUGGUCCGGUGGGACAAUGAGCUAUGACUACCAUCAGAACUGGGGCCGCGAUGGCGGGCCCCGGAGCUCUGGUGGGGGUUAUGGUGGAAGCUAUGGAGGGGGCCACGGAGGGAACCGAGGCUCUGGAGGUAGCGGCGGCGGAGGAGGGGGUGGUCGAGGCGGCAGAGGCCGACAUCCCGGGCACCUGAAAGGCCGCGAAAUUGGCUUGUGGUACGCGAAGAAACAAGGCCAGAAGAACAAGGAAGCGGAGAGGCAGGAGAGAGCUGUAGUACAUAUGGAUGAACAUCGAGAAGAACAAAUUGUGCAGCUGCUACAUUCUGUGCAAGCUAAGAAUGAUAAAGAUUCGGAAGCACAAAUAUCCUGGUUUGCUCCUGAAGAUCACGGAUACGGAACUGAAGCUCCUGCUGAGAACAAACCAAACUCAGUAAAGAAAGUUGAGGAUCAGGAAAAAAAAUUGAUAAAUCAAGAAAAGAGGCCAUUUAGAAUCAGGGACAAAUACAUUGACCGUGAUUCUGAAUAUCUCUUACAAGAAAAUGAACCAGAUGUAGCUUUAGACCAACAGUUAUUGGAAGAUUUACAGAAGAAAAAAACUGACCUUCGGUAUAUUGAAAUGCAGCAUUUCAGGGAAAAACUGCCUUCAUAUGGAAUGCAAAAGGAAUUGGUGAAUAUGAUUGAUAACCAUCAGGUAACAGUAGUAAGUGGUGAAACUGGUUGUGGAAAAACUACUCAAGUUACUCAGUUCAUUUUGGAUAACUACAUUGAAAGAGGAAAAGGAUCUGCAUGCAGGAUAGUUUGUACUCAGCCGAGAAGAAUUAGUGCCAUUUCAGUUGCAGAGAGAGUGGCUGCAGAAAGGGCAGAAUCUUGUGGCAAUGGUAAUAGUACCGGAUACCAAAUUCGUCUCCAGAGUCGAUUGCCAAGGAAACAGGGUUCUAUCUUAUAUUGUACAACAGGAAUCAUCCUUCAGUGGCUUCAGUCAGACCCGCAUUUGUCCAGUGUCAGUCAUGUUGUGCUGGAUGAAAUCCAUGAGAGAAAUCUGCAGUCAGAUGUUUUAAUGACUGUUAUUAAAGAUCUUCUCAAUUAUCGACCUGACCUAAAAGUAGUAUUGAUGAGUGCAACAUUGAAUGCUGAGAAAUUUUCAGAAUAUUUUGGUAACUGUCCAAUGAUACACAUACCUGGUUUUACUUUUCCAGUUGUGGAGUAUCUUUUGGAAGAUAUAAUUGAAAAAAUAAGAUAUGUUCCAGAACAAAAAGAACACAGAUCUCAGUUUAAAAGGGGUUUCAUGCAAGGGCAUGUAAAUCGACAAGAAAAAGAAGAAAAAGAAGCAAUCUAUAAAGAACGCUGGCCAGGUUAUGUAAGGGAAUUGCAAAAAAGGUAUUCUGCAAGCACUGUAGAUGUUAUAGAAAUGAUGGAUGAUGAUAAAGUUGAUCUGAAUUUGAUUGCUGCCCUUAUUCGAUACAUUGUUUUGGAAGAAGAGGAUGGUGCAAUAUUGGUCUUUCUGCCAGGCUGGGACAAUAUCAGCACUUUACAUGAUCUCUUGAUGUCACAAGUGAUGUUUAAAUCAGACAGGUUUCUUAUUAUACCUUUACAUUCACUGAUGCCUACAGUUAACCAGACACAGGUAUUUAAAAGAACCCCUCCUGGUGUUCGGAAAAUAGUAAUUGCUACCAACAUUGCAGAGACUAGCAUUACCAUAGAUGAUGUAGUGUAUGUAAUAGAUGGAGGAAAAAUAAAGGAGACACACUUUGACACACAAAACAACAUCAGUACAAUGUCUGCUGAGUGGGUUAGUAAAGCUAAUGCUAAACAGAGGAAAGGUCGAGCUGGAAGAGUUCAACCUGGUCAUUGCUAUCAUCUGUAUAAUGGUCUUAGAGCAAGCCUUCUAGAUGACUAUCAACUGCCAGAAAUUUUGAGAACACCUUUGGAAGAACUUUGUUUACAAAUAAAGAUUUUAAGGCUAGGUGGAAUUGCUUACUUUCUGAGUAGGCUAAUGGAUCCACCAUCGAAUGAAGCAGUGCUACUCUCCAUAAAACACCUGAUGGAACUGAAUGCUUUGGAUAAACAAGAAGAAUUGACACCUCUUGGAGUCCACUUAGCACGAUUACCAGUUGAGCCACACAUUGGAAAAAUGAUUCUUUUUGGAGCUCUGUUCUGUUGCCUAGACCCAGUGCUCACCAUUGCUGCUAGUCUCAGCUUCAAAGAUCCCUUUGUGAUUCCACUGGGAAAAGAAAAGGUCGCAGAUGCAAGAAGAAAGGAAUUGGCAAAGGAUACUAAAAGUGAUCACCUGACAGUUGUGAAUGCAUUUGAGGGCUGGGAAGAAGCUAGACGACGUGGUUUCAGAUAUGAAAAAGACUAUUGCUGGGAAUAUUUUCUGUCUUCCAACACACUGCAGAUGCUGCAUAACAUGAAAGGGCAGUUUGCUGAGCAUCUUCUUGGAGCUGGAUUUGUAAGCAGUAGAAAUCCUAAAGAUCCAAAAUCUAAUAUAAAUUCAGAUAAUGAGAAGAUAAUUAAAGCUGUCAUCUGUGCUGGUUUAUAUCCCAAAGUUGCUAAAAUCCGACUAAAUUUGGGUAAAAAAAGAAAAAUGGUGAAAGUUUACACAAAAACUGAUGGACUAGUUGCUAUUCAUCCUAAAUCUGUUAAUGUGGAGCAAACAGAGUUUCACUACAACUGGCUUAUCUAUCACCUGAAGAUGAGAACAAGUAGUAUAUACUUGUAUGACUGCACAGAAGUUUCCCCAUACUGUCUCCUGUUCUUUGGAGGUGAUAUUUCCAUUCAGAAGGAUAAUGAUCAAGAAACUAUUGCUGUAGAUGAAUGGAUUAUCUUUCAGUCCCCAGCAAGAAUUGCCCAUCUUGUUAAGGAAUUAAGAAAGGAACUAGAUAUACUGCUGCAAGAGAAGAUCGAAAGUCCCCACCCUGUAGACUGGAAGGACACUAAAUCCAGAGACUGUGCAGUACUUUCAGCUAUUAUAGACUUGCUCAAAACACAGGAAAAAGCAACUCCCAGGAACUUGCCGCCACGAUUCCAGGAUGGAUAUUACAGCUGACAGCUUUUCUGUGGUGCCCUGAAAAGCCAAUUUGAUAGCCAUUUUCCAUCAUGGUUUAAUUUUUGGCUAGAUGCCAAACCCAGGACAUGAAUAAUUUUCCUGUGUAAGGUAGAAACCUUCAGUAGGCAGUAAAGACUUAAUGUGCAUGAGUUAACAAUGUUAUCUGUAGCUAUUAUAAAUAUACCAUAAAAAACAGUAUGUUCUCUAAUCAUAUACUCUGUAGUGGUCAUGUCCACAUUUUCAGAAUAUUCCUCUUACAUAUUUUGAAUGUUGUACCACUUGAGAAAUUCCUUUGUCCUGUUAGGAGAUACGGAUCUCUCUGUCCAUAAUGACUGAGUAUAGAAUCAGUAAAAAUAGAAUGGUUAGCCAAAAAGCCGUGUCAAGUAAGAAUUUGAACACAUCCACAUUUUUUCUAAUGAAACUUCUAUCAGAAGUAAAUUAAUUUGUUGUAAUAAAGCCCAGUAUUUAAUAAAGUGUACAGUGUGUAAAUCUCA